UUAUUUUGAAAGGCAGACCAACGCGGAAGACACAUAGCUUUGAUCCACUACAGUUACACGUUAGACCAACCUGUCAAUCAACAGCAGUCAAAUCACACAUAGAAGUUAUUCUUUAUAGCACAAUAUGACUCGUUAUUCUGUGUGAUUUCAGAGCGUGGGUGUGUAAUAUGCUGGUGAUUUUUAAUCUGCCACAUCUCAGCCAGGAAAGAAGCACUCGCGCUACAAACCUUCAGACCUGAGCUAACCCCAUUUCUUCAUUUUAAUCUGAAAGCCUCACGAAUCAUUAUCACCACCUUUUUGGAAAUGAGAACAACGCUGGUCCUGCUGCACGUCGUCUCCUGCUGCUGGCUGACCAGUGCCACACUUUCUAAAAAUGAUGCUAAAAAGUCCAAUAAGGCUUCGGCUGAGACAUCUCCAUCUGAGUUAACUGUGUUGGCGAGAGGCCUUGUUGUGUCAGAUCCGCAGUGGAAAGACAUAGUGAAGGAGGAGAAGAGAUACUGUGCUCAAAUCAAGAAAACAUUUCCAGGACUGGUGCUGGGAUAUGUCACACCUUGGAAUGCCCACGGUUAUGAUGUUGCCAAAACAUUUGGCUCCAAAAUGUCCUCAGUGUCACCAGUGUGGCUUCAGCUCCACCGACGAGGUCAUGAAACCUUUGAAAUAACAGGACUCCACGACCAUGACUCAGGAUGGGUCAAAGCUGUACGCAAGUCUAACAAAAAAGUCAGAUUGGUUCCUCGACUGUUAUUUGAUGGCUGGUCUUACCAGGACUACAUGACCGUGCUGGGGAGUGAGGAUGAGAUAGAGGAGCUAGGAAGUGAGCUGGUGGAUGUUGCAAAGACUGAAGGUUUCGAUGGCUUCACCUUGGAGCUGUGGAGCCAGCUGGGCGGUAACAAAAGAAAGGAGCUGGUACAUCUGGUGAGACACAUAUGUGAGGCAUUGAAGGCAAAAAAACUGGACUGCAUUCUUGUUAUUCCACCUGCUGUGACCAGUGUGGGGCAGCUGGGAAUGUUUGGUAGGGAGGAGUUUGAACAAUUGGCUCCGGUGGUUGAUGGAUUCAGCCUCAUGACAUACGACUACUCCAGCGGGCCCAGACCAGGCCCGAGUGCUCCUCUGUCCUGGAUCAGAGACUGUGUUCUCCAGCUCGCACCAAACGCUCAGUGGAGGCAAAAGAUCCUGUUGGGACUCAAUCUGUAUGGCCUUGAUUUUAGAGACCAGGGAACAGAGCCAAUUCUGGGUGCAAGGUACAUUGACAUUUUGCGAGAACACAGGCCCAAACUGCUCUGGGAUGAUUAUGCUGCAGAGCAUCAUUUCAGUUAUAAAAGAAACAAUGCAGUGAAACAUGUGGUGUACUAUCCAUCACUGAAGUCAAUCGAAUUAAGAAUACAUUUGGCCGUUGAACUGGGAACUGGAAUUUCCUUAUGGGAACUGGGACAAGGACUGGAUUAUUUCUAUGACCUUCUAUGAGAGUUGGACUUGUUAAUGAAGACCUUGGAUUAUCAGCACAUGGAGGGUUUUUUUUUUCAGAAACAUGGUGCACCAAAAUCUCAGGUGCUGUAUGGAGGUUUUAUUUUUCCUCCCCAAGCAACUAAAAUGAACUCUGAAAUCAACCAUUAUCAGGUUCUUGUUAAUACUCUAAUUUGAGGGUCAUGGAUGUGUUGUGAGAUUUCAAUUGAAUGAAACUGACUGACUGACUGAUUUGUUUUUAAAUCGGUACAUGAAGGAACUUCACUGUGGUUUAUUCCUGUAUCAGAAAUCAACUUGUACAGUCAUGUCCAUUCAGCAACUUAUGGUGCAUGAUUAGUAUUUAUAGACUUUAAUUAAAGGGGUGUUUUCUUUUUUA